AUGUCGAAAACCAAGUCCGUUACCAAGAAGGGCUCUGAGAAGCCUGCUGCCAAGGCCUUGAGCAAGGUCAAGGAUGCCGGUGUCACCAAGGCUGCUCAGUCUCCCAAGGCUAAGAGCAAGCAAAUCGCGCGCGACCUUGCUGGCAAGGAGGAAAAGUCCAAGCGCAAGAAGAAGGAGCCUACUCCCAGCAGCAGCUCUGAGUCUGAGUCCGAGUCUGAGUCCUCUAGCUCCGAAAGUGAGAGUGAGGAGGAGAAGCCCGCCAAGAAGGAAGUGAAGAAGCCCGCUAAGAAGGAAGUCAAGAAGCCUGCUAAGAAGGAAGCCGAAUCUUCCUCAUCCUCCGAGUCGGAGUCCGACUCCAGCGACGAGGAGAUGAAGGACGCUUCCAGCAGCGAGAGCGAGGAGGAGGAGAAGCCGGCUAAGCCAGUCAAGGCUGAGCCUAAGGCUGCUAAGAAGGCCGAGUCGAGCGAGUCAUCAUCAGAGGAAUCCGAUUCCGACUCCGAGUCUUCCGAGGAAGAGAAGGCCCCUAAGGCCAAGGCCGCCGCGGAGUCUAGCGGCAGUGAAGAGUCCGACUCUGAUAGCGAAGAAGAGGCCCCCGCCAAGGCCAAGAAGGCCGACGCAAAGGCUUCUGAGUCUGAUGAUUCGGGCUCUGACAGCUCCGAAGGCUCUUCGGACUCUGACUCUGAUAGUUCCGAGUCCGAGUCUGAGGAUAGCGAGAAGCCCAAGGACUCCAAGAAGCGCAAGGCCGAGGAAGAGGCAUCCCCUGUUUCCAAGAAAACUAAAACUGAGGAGGGUGCGUCAGCUAACCUUUUCGUUGGCAACCUCUCCUGGAAUGUCACCGAGGACUGGCUUCACCAAGAAUUCGAAAGCUUCGGUGAGCUCUCCGCGCGCAUCAUGACUGAGCGCGAAACCGGCCGCUCCCGCGGAUUCGGUUACGUCGAAUUCACCAACGCCGCCGAUGCCGCCAAGGCCUACGAAGCCAUGAAGGAGGCCGAAAUCGAUAACCGCAAGAUCAACCUCGACUAUGCUACCGGACGUCCCGCCAACAAGGACCAGGGGGAUCGCGCUCAGAACCGUGCUCGAUCUUUCGGUGACCAAGCUAGCCCUGAAAGCGACACUUUGUUCGUGGGCAACCUGCCGUUCAGUGCCAACGAGGACUCUGUGCACGAGGUCUUCGGUGGUCAGGGAACCGUCCUGGGCAUUCGUCUACCUACCGACAUGGAAUCCGGCCGGCCAAAGGGUUUCGGUUACGUCCAAUACUCGUCUGUGGAUGAAGCUCGCCAGGCUUACAAUGACCUCCAAGGCGCUGAGAUCGACGGUCGCCCAGUCCGCCUAGACUUCAGCACCCCCCGUACUAACAAUGGAGGUGACCGUGGUGGUCGUGGAGGCGGUCGUGGAGGCUUUGGUGGCCGCGGUGGUGGUCGUGGAGGCCCUCGUGGCGGUGGUGGCCGUGGCGGUCGUGGAGGCUUUGGUGGACGCGGCGGCGGAGGUCCUCCCAACCGCGCGCGUGGUGGUAUUCCUGAGUUCAAGGGCACCAAGAUGACCUUCUAA